GACGGCAUGAGGCUUGAUCCAGUGCAUUUCUCCAUGCUGGUCAUCGGGGUCUCCUUCGCCUGUUACGCCCCGAGUCUCAACUCCCUCCAGGACCAGGCGUACCGAUCAGCCGUGGUCAUCGAGGGCGAGGUGCGCUCCUCCCCGGAGAACGUCUCCUCCCGGGAGCCCUACAGUGUGAAUGUCAAAGUGCUGGACGUGUGGCCCGUCAACAGCGGCGGCCUCGAGAGGGAGCAGCUCGUGACCGUCGGGGACUUCGGUUCCGAGGCCCCGUGCACCACGGUGGAGAAGGACCACAGAUAUAUCUUUUUCAUGGACCCAACCGCCGAGCCCUUGGUAUUCAAGGCAUCGUACGCCCCUGUGGACGCCAGCGAGCCGGAGCUGAAGAAGGAUGUGGAGAGAGUGUUGUGCGAGGACUGCGCCUCUGCUCCUAAGCUUCGGCUGAUGCGAGGCCAGUCACUGGUGGAAGGGGACAAGCUGUACUUGAAGUGCGAGGCGUCGGGGAAUCCCAGCCCUUCCUUCCGCUGGUACAAAGAUGGACACGAGCUUCAGAAAGGCAGAGACCUCAAGAUAAAGACCAACAAAAAAAACUCAAAGGUGCAGAUCAGUCGUGUCCGUGUGGAAGACUCUGGCAACUACACCUGUGUGGCUGAAAACUCACUAGGACAAGAAAACGCCACGAGUAUAAUCAGCGUGCAGAUCUUGACCACCACUACUCCAUCUCCGGGUGUGAGUCACGCGAGGCGCUGUAACGACUCGGAGAAGACCUACUGCGUCAACGGAGGAGACUGUUACUUCAUACAUGGUAUUAACCAGCUGUCCUGCAAGUGUCCCAAUGACUAUACGGGGGACCGCUGUCAAAACUCCGUCAUGGCCGGUUUCUACAAGCUUCUCAGAAUUGAAUUUUUGGAGGCUGAGGAGCUCUACCACAGGCGGGUGCUGACGAUCACAGGCAUCUGUGUGGCGUUAUUGGUGGUUGGCAUCGUUUGUGUUGUGGCCUACUGCAAAACCAAGAAACAGAGGAAGAAGAUGCAGAGUCAUCUACACCAGAACCAGAAUCAGUGUGUGGAGCAACCCACCUGCAUGCUGGCCAACGGGCCCAACCACCCCAGACCGGGUCCUGAGGAGAUCCCCAUGGUCGAUUACAUCUCCAAGAGUGUCCCUACGACAGAGUGUGUGAUCAGCCACGGAGCUGAGGGUGCAGGGAACUACGCAGGCAGCCGAAUGUCGACCCGCUCCCACCACUCUACCACUGCCUCACAUGCUUCCAGACACGAGGAGCAGACGUGGAGCAUGGAGCGAACAGAGAGUAUGAACUCAGACUGCCAGUCAGGUGGGCUGUCCAGCUCUGUGGGAACCAGUAAGUGCAGCAGCCCGGCAUGCAUGGCGAGGAGGGCCGCCCACUGGGGCUGUGCGGACACAUCUGGACCGGGGAUGCAGUAUGGGGAUUCUUACGACUCUCUAAGAGACUCACCUCACAGUGACAGGUAUGUGUCAGCGCUGACCACGCCAGCACGCCUGUCUCCAGUGGAGUUCCACUACCCCCUGUUGCCACCCCAGGUGCCCACCUUUCAGAUCACCUCACCCAACACAAGCCACGCCCUCUCCCUGCCCCCUGCUGCUGCUGCCUACCACAGAGAGGACGACCAGCCGCUGCUACGGUGCCCUGAUGAUGGAAGUUUAUACAGGCAGCCCCGGCGUCCACGGCGACCCUACCUGACGGAGAGCACAGGAAGUCUACCGUCCAGCCCCUACCGCCUCCCUGAUGAUGAGGCUUAUGAGACCACGCAGGAGUACGCCUCAUCACGGGAACCUAUCCGGAGCCGGCGCCGCCCGCGACGCAACCGCCUCAACGGACACAUCUCCCAGCGUUCAGCGGGCCUACGGGACUACAGCUCACAGAGCUUCAGCCAGUCAGAAGAGGAGGAAGAGGAGGAGGAGGAAGAGGAUGCUCAAGGGGAGAGCACACCUUUCCUUAGUAUGCAGAACAUGAACGUGGACCCACCCUUAACGGUCUCGGGUUUCCGUUCGUCCUCUGGUGCGGACACACGGACUCACCGCGGGCUGAGUCGGCCGGGGACACGCAGCAACGGGCAGAGCCGCGGCUCCCAGUCGCAGCGCUCCAAGGCUGACAACAUGCCCCUUUAAGACUUAACCUCUCCCCGACACCCACCCAUACACCCCUGCCACCCCCCCCCCCCACCCCCUCCACCUCACACACCCCCUUCCUCCUACACACAACCAGUGGACUAGAGACCUGCACCUAGGAGAAAUAUUUUUAUUUUGUAUAACAGACAGAUAUUCUAAACAAAUGAAAUAUUUAUUUUCAUUUCAGCAAAAAUUGUCUACUAGCUAACAGCAAAGACUUUUUUUAUAACGGGGGGGAAAUAUUUAUAUGUAAAGUUUUUUGAUUUACAGCAUUAUGAGAGAUGAAAAAAUAAGAGAAUUACGUGCCAAUUUUUUCACGAGUUAGAUAAAUAGAAUAAUAUUGUGGUGCCUUUUGCUGUAUGCUGAAGUCGGAGGUCCCAUUGAGUUUUUGUAGCCUUUCUUAUAAAGACUCCUCGUUUUUAUAGAGACCAACCCUCUUCCUUCCUUUUGCUUUGGUUUUUUCUCUGAUUUGGGAUCUUCCUCUUUUUGAACUGUGAUCUGAUUAUGUCAUCAUGCAAUAUUGAUUCCUCCUGUGUAAAAGGUGUCUGUUUACAUGAGUAUGAUCCAUGCGAUGCGCUCGUUUCACAGGGACAUUUAGUCACUGACGCAACCGGAUGUGUAGGGUAGUUUUCUCGGAUGAUUUUUGGAAGAUUCUUUCCAGAUGAACACACAUCAGUCAUUUCUGUCCUCGUUCGCUGCCUGUCAGUCAUUUGUUGUUAUUUCUGUGAAAACAAGAGUGUUAGGGAGUUUUUGAGGGACAGUGACUCCAGAUUCCUCUGUAGGUGUUCAGGGUGCUGCCAUGGCAUUAGUGGUGUUUGCAGUGUGUGUGUGUGUUUGUGUGCAUGUGUGUGUUUGUGUGCGUGUUUGUGUGUGUGUGUGCGUGUUUGUGUGUGUGUGUGUGUGUGUGUGUGUGUGUGUGCGUGUGUGUGCACCUCAUGAAGCCUCAUUUGGUUGGCGCCUCCGUUCACCUUGGAGGGUGUGGUCUCUUGUUUGACUGACACGCUCCUCCCACCAAUCCUCACGCUGCCAGAAGCUCCAUUGCACUGUAAGAACCUCCCUCAUUGGCCAGGGAGCUGCCGAUCCAAACCGAACCUAACCAAUCCAGUUGUAAUCCAGCCUGACUCUGGCCUCCCGUGGACUGCCCAGCCCGCCCGUUUCCUAUGCCAGCAGCUUAGAGCCGCACUGUGUCUCAGGACUUCCCCAUCACAUCACAGCCAAAAGACUCAAAACAGAGAGAGCACGUCAUCUCAGUCACAGUUCAGUCCGCAGGCCAGAUCCACGUCCCCUCACUCUCCUUCCUGUCCGUCCGUCAGGUUUGUUGUGUUCACACGUGGCCAUGAUUAAGGGAGCGUGGGUAAAAACUCUUGGAAUCAGAAGGGAAAUUCAGUUGCUUUUUUCUUUUUUUACUUCAAAAGGUUGUGUGCAUGUGUGUAAGUGGGCAUGUGUGUAGCUGUGUGUGGGUCACGACGACAACGAUGAUGAUGAUGAUGAUGAUGAUGAUGAUGAUCAAAAAACUUGGAGACCACAUCUGUUCGCUCUGAUGCGGGGACAUAGCUAGGAAUUCUGGGCCCCCUUAAGAGGAGGAGGAUAUCACUCUGGGUUCCCCCCUUUUCUUUUCUUUCUUUCUUUUUUUUUUUUUUUUUUUUUACAAAUAUAAUCCUACUGGAAACUUUCGGGCCCUCUCCAGCUGUGGGCCCCUAGAAUCGCCACCACUUUUCACCCCACUAGCGAUGGCACUGCUCUGAUGGGAAAAAUCGCUUGCGGGUCGCUGCGUGCAGGUUCACACUGCUACAGAGCGAGUUUCUGAGUCUGAUUCUACUUUUUUUCUUUAGCUCACAGCCAAAUGGUGGUAUAUGAUAAUACUGAUUACUGCAUCCUUGAUUUGCAUUCCUAUACCUUUAUUGAUUGAACUUCUUUUGCUUGGUCAUAUUGACUGAAUGAUCUGUUACGUGUCUGUCUCUGUCUGCCCCCCUCCACCCCACAUCACCUGGCCCCUCACCUUCAUGUCUUUCUCACCCCUUUAUCGACCUUCAGAAGCAACUAGCAGAUGGAUUUAGGCCCCAUCUCCAGACGAGUAUAGUGAGCAGCACACUAACAGUAGGCUGAUCAUGUCAGAAACUCUUCCACCUCAAACGUACAUCAGGUUUAGAGACCCUUUCAAGCUCGCUGAGGAAGAUAAUACUGUGUCAGAUACAAUAUAUGUCCCUAUUAGAGUUCAUUUCCAAUAAGUAUAGUUGUUUUUUUUUGUUUGUUUGUUUUCUGUUUUCACACAGGAGAUGCAUGGAUCACAGAUAUAGAAAGUAUCUUAAAAAUGACAAAGAGCCCCACAGAUUCAGGGGAAUCAUACUAGAAAUAUAUAAAAACAUUAUUUGGGUUCUUGGCCCAAAGGUCUGGCUAGUUUUGUCUUACUAUCACUGUAAUCAAUCUGGGAUUUGCAAUGUGGAAAUACUGCAAGUGAGGGUAGUGUGCUUCUAGAGCUAGUUGAAAUGUUAACACCCCCCACCCACCCUCUUUCUCCUCACCCUGCACUCCCCCCUCUCCCUUUACAUACACACAUACGUUUCACACAUACAUACCCACAUCAUACAUAAUGAAGCACACACUGAGACACGCACACACAGGGACAUGAGCCCUCAUAUGACACACACACGCGCACGCACGCACACACACACACACACACACACACACACACACACACACACACGAAACCCUUCCAUGUUUGUGUUUGUCAAGCAGUUUGCCUUUGUCUUUUUUACCUACUGACUCCCUCACUCCCCCCUUUCUCUCUUCCCUACUCCCUUCCCCUUCCCUCUCCCUCCCUCUCCCCUCUCCUCUUACCCCAGCCUCCCCCUGCCCCCCUUCUCCCCCCUGCAUGUCCUAGUGGUACUGGUAGUUGGGUGCAUGGAAAAAGCAGCAAGCAAAUCGUUUUUCCACUCGGUAAAAAAAUAAAAAUGUGUCUUCAUUUCAACAUUCAGCAAUAAAUCCCCUUCUCUUCAUGUCCAUCAUUCUUGGAAUAUGCUAGAAGAUUUUUUGCAAGUUUUAUCAAAAACAUACUACUUGUAAAAGAAGAAAAAUCCAAAACCACCCCUUCAUAUGAAAAAUAAAACUUUAUUCCUACCAUUUUGAAA